UUGAGUCCAGUUGUACAUAUAAACUUUGCCAUACAUCUUAAGGUUUUUUUGGAAAGUUCAUCUACUGAAUAUUUUGUGAAAAUCCUCCAGAAAAGUGCAACUGGGUUGACAGAGCCCACACAGAGGACCUGCAGGAAAUGGACAAGAUAUUUUCUAAAGACAUUGAGGUCGCUUUCAUCUCUCUUGACUAAACGGGGUCAGAAAGAAAACGUCUUGAAACAGAGCUGAGUGGGAGAACAGAAAGGAUGAGGCGAGGAAAAGCUCCCUCUUCGAGGCGCGCGGAAAUCAUGCACAUCUAUCGCUGCUACGCCCCUGGAGGGAAGGAGCUGACGGCAAAGAGCUUGCUCGAAUUCCUCCACAAGGAGCAGAUAGAAAUCGCUGCCAGUGAAAGGACUGCGGAGCAGAUGAUCGACAAGUACGAGAUUCAUGAGAAAGCUCGGCAGGAGAGAACCAUGACGUUUGAAGGAUUCCUCAGGUUCAUGGAGUCAAAGGAUUGCUCGAUCUUUAACAAGGAGCACACUACUGUCUACCAGGAUAUGGAGCAACCUCUGUGCCACUACUUCAUAUCAUCUUCUCAUAACACUUACCUCACAGGGGACCAGCUUCUGGGACGAAGUCAUUUAUUUGCCUAUGUAAGUGCUCUGAGGAAAGGCUGCCGGUGCCUGGAGAUAGACUGUUGGGAUGGGCCUGAUCUGGAACCUGUCGUCUACCACGGUUACACUCUGACAAGCAAAAUCCUGUUCCGGGACGUCAUUGUAACGAUAGAGCACCAUGCGUUUGAGGUCUUCCCCUACCCUGUGAUCCUUUCCCUGGAGAACCACUGUACACCUCCCCAGCAGGAGAUAAUGGCUCGCUACCUCAGAGGAAUCCUGGGAAACAGACUGCUGGACAUGACUGUCAACAACAACUUCUCCAGAGAGCUGCCCUCCCCCAACGAUCUGAAAUACAAGAUACUGAUAAAGAACAAGAAAAUUGGCCUCCUGCAGGACACCGUUCUGAGGACAGGAACAGACAGGCAUGGGGAGGUUGGAGAGUGUGAGGAGAGUGAAGAUGAGGAGUCUGAGGAAGAAACACCUAAGAGAAAAAAGCAUUUUUCCAAAUCGGAAAAGACGGUAGAAAAGAAACAGAAGAAGAAAAUCACAGUAGCCAUGGAGCUGUCUGAUCUUGUCAUCUAUACAAAGUCCGUGAAAUUCAUCAGCUUCAGUCAUUCCAGUGGGAACCAGAAGUUCUACGAGAACACUUCGCUUGGGGAGAACAAGGCCCGUAAACUGGCCAGAAACUCAGGCUGUGAGUUUGCGCUCCACAAUUCCAGGUUCCUCACCAGGAUCUACCCAGCUGGAUCUCGAACGAUGUCUUCUAACUACAACCCUCAGGAGUUCUGGAAUGUUGGGUCACAGCUAGUGGCACUGAACUUCCAGUCCCUGGGACUGCCGAUGGAUUUGAACAACGGAAAGUUCCAGGACAACGGAGGUUGUGGAUACGUUCUGAAGCCACAUUUUCUGAGGACUAAUGAGACGGGUUUUGAUCCAAAUUGUCUACAACAGAACUUCAAGCCUGUAUAUCUCCUCAUCAAGGUUAUAAGUGGAUAUAACCUUCCUGUCCCCAAACACAGUAAAGGAAUCAACCCUUAUGUCCGUGUGGAGAUUCAUGGAGCUCCUGCUGACAACUGCAGGAAACAAACAGACCCUGUAAAACGCACCUCCUUAAAUCCACGUUGGGAUGAAAACAUGAACUUUGCUAUUCAAGUGCCAGAUCUUGUCCUAGUGCGCUUCGUUGUCAAGGACCAAAACAGCAUCCUGUCUGACGAUUUCAUCGGACAGUACACUCUGCCUUUUACCAGCAUGAAGAAAGGUUACCGCUGGGUUCCACUGAAGUCAAGGGAAGGUUACAGCCUAGACCCAGCUUCGCUCUUUGUUUAUGUGUGGUACUGUUAAUAAUGCAGGUGCUCCACACAUCCAUCUCCUGGACUAUGGGAAUCAUACUAAUGUUCCUAAGGUCCUUUUCACCUCUUCACAGAAGGGAAAUUGUAUAUUUCCUUCUUUGACACUUGGCAUUUCAUUAAAACAUAAGCCAUGCACAUCCA